CGCGCGGGGAGGGCUGGGGAAAGGGGAGAGAGCCGGGUGCCCACUGCGGGGAGAGCGGGCUCUGCCUCGGGGAAGGAGGGGAUGAGAGCUGGGGGGAGCAGCGCCAGGAGGAGGCGGCGGCGGCCGGCGAGGAGCCCGCGCUGGGCUCUGCGGUAGGACUCCCCGGAGCCACCAUCAUGGUGAAGAGGAAGAGCUCCGAGGGCCAGGAGCAGGACGGCGGCCGCGGCAUCCCGCUGCCCAUCCAGACCUUCCUGUGGCGGCAAACCAGUGCAUUUUUGAGGCCUAAACUGGGGAAGCAAUAUGAAGCAUCUUGUGUGUCCUUUGAACGCGUGUUGGUGGAAAACAAACUGCAUGGCCUCUCCCCAGCCCUCUCUGAAGCCAUCCAGAGUAUUUCCAGGUGGGAGCUGGUACAAGCUGCCCUACCUCAUGUUCUCCACUGCACCGCAACCCUGCUAUCAAACAGGAACAAACUAGGCCACCAGGAUAAGCUGGGUGUUGCUGAGACAAAACUCCUUCAUACCCUGCACUGGAUGCUCCUAGAGGCUCCCCAAGACUGCAACAGUGAGCAGUUUGGGGGUACAGACCGAGGCUCCAGCUGGGGUGGCAGCAGCAGUGCUUUUAUCCACCAGAUUGAAAACCAGGGUUCUCCAGGGCAGCCUUGCCGAAGCAGCUCCAAUGACGAGGAAGAAAACAACCGAAGGAAGAUCUUUCAGAACUCCAUGGCUACGGUGGAGCUCUUUGUGUUUCUGUUUGCUCCUCUGGUGCAUAGGAUCAAGGAAUCUGAUCUCACCUUCCGAUUGGCCAGUGGGCUGGUCAUAUGGCAGCCUAUGUGGGAGCACAGACAGCCUGAAGUCUCUGGUUUUACUGCUCUGGUGAAACCCAUCAGGAAUAUCAUUACAGCUAAGAGAAGUUCUCCUAUCAACAAUAGAAGUCAGACCUGUGAAUCACCAAAUCCAGACCCAGGACAGCAAGGAGAGGGACUCCAGGUGGUCUGUGAAACGUUCCAGUCUGAUUCAGUCUCACCCAAGGCCACCAUUUCAGGCUGCCACCAAGGAAACUCCUUUGAUGGAAGCCUAUCCUCCCAGACUUCCCAGGAAAGAGGCCCAUCACAUUCCAGGGCCUCCCUUGUGAUACCACCAUGCCAGAGGUCACGCUAUGCCACCUACUUCGAUGUCGCUGUUCUCCGCUGCCUCCUCCAGCCCCAUUGGUCUGAGGAAGGAACUCAGUGGUCCCUGAUGUAUUAUUUACAAAGGCUGAGACACAUGCUGGAAGAGAAACCAGAAAAGACCCCAGAGCCAGAUAUUCCUCUCCUGCCCAGACCCAGGAGUAGCUCAAUGGUGGCAGCAGCUCCCUCUCUAGUGAACACCCACAAGACCCAGGAUCUCACAAUGAAGUGUAAUGAAGAAGAAAAGUCUCUAAGCCCUGAGGCUUUUUCAAAGGUUUCUUUGACUAAUCUUCGCAGAUCUGCAGUCCCAGAUCUUUCUUCAGACCUGGGCAUGAACAUUUUUAAGAAGUUCAAGAGCCGCAAAGAAGACCGAGAGAGGAAAGGCUCCAUCCCCUUCCACCACACAGGGAAGAGGAGACCUAGAAGAAUGGGUGUACCAUUCCUGCCCCAUGAGGACCACCAGGAUGUGUCGCCCACCCGCAGCACAUUCUCUUUCGGGAGCGUCUCUGGGCUUGGAGAAGACAGGCGAGGCAUGGAAAAGGGAGGCUGGCAAACCACCAUUUUAGGGAAACUGACUCGUCGGGGCAGCUCAGAUGCAGCCACUGAAAUGGAAAGCUUGAGCGCCAGGCACUCCCACUCCCAUCAUACUCUGGUGAGCGACCUGCCUGACCACUCCAACAACCAUGGAGAAAAUACCGUCAAGGAAGUGCGAUCCCAGAUCUCCACAAUCACAGUUGCAACUUUCAAUACCACACUGGCAUCUUUCAACGUAGGCUACGCAGACUUUUUCAGUGAGCAUAUGAGGAAGCUCUGCAACCAGGUGCCGAUCCCAGAGAUGCCACAUGAACCUCUGGCAUGCGCGAACCUGCCACGAAGCCUCACAGACUCCUGCAUAAACUACAGCUACAUGGAGGACACGGAACAUAUUGAUGGAACCAACAACUUUGUCCACAAGAAUGGCAUGCUGGAUCUUUCUGUGCUUCUGAAGGCUGUUUAUCUCGUCCUUAACCAUGACAUCAGCUCUCGCAUUUGUGACGUGGCACUAAACAUUGUGGAAUGUUUGCUUCAACUUGGGGUGGUUCCAUGUGUGGAAAAGAACAGAAAGAAGAGUGAAAACAGGGAAAAUGAGACUGUGGAAAAGAGACUGAGUGAGGGAGCUUUCCAGUUCAAAGGCAUGUCUGGAAGUUCCACUGGUGGAUUUGGGGCCCCCUCAGUUAGUGGAGCUGGAGAUGGUGGAGGAGAAGAAGGAGGAGGUGGAGAUGGAGGAGGAGGUGGAGGAGGUGAUGGAGGAGGCGGUGGAGGAGGCGGAGGAGGCCCUUAUGAGAAGAAUGGGAAGAACCAAGAGAAGGAUGACAGCAUACCUGUAAGCAACCAUAGGCUUGCUCUCACGAUGCUCAUCAAGAUAGUAAAGUCUUUGGGAUGUGCCUAUGGUUGUGGAGAAGGACACCGAGGGCUCUCUGGAGAUCGUCUGAGACACCAGGUAUUCCGAGAGAAUGCCCAGAACUGCCUCACUAAGCUAUACAAGCUAGAUAAGAUGCAGUUCCGACAAACCAUGAGGGACUAUGUGAACAAGGACUCUCUCAAUAAUGUAGUGGACUUCUUGCAUGCUUUGCUAGGAUUUUGUAUGGAGCCUGUCACUGACAACAAAGCUGGGUUUGGAAACAACUUCACCACAGUGGACAACAAAUCGACAGCUCAGAAUGUGGAAGGCAUCAUUGUCAGUGCCAUGUUCAAAUCCCUCAUCACACGCUGUGCCUCAACCACACAUGAACUACAUAGCCCCGAGAAUCUGGGACUGUAUUGUGACAUCCGCCAGCUGGUCCAGUUUAUCAAAGAAGCACAUGGGAACGUCUUCAGAAGAGUGGCACUUAGUGCUUUGCUUGACAGUGCUGAAAAGUUAGCACCAGGGAAGAAGGUGGAGGAGAAUGAACAGGAAUCUAAGCCUGCAGGUGGUAAAAGGUCAGAGGCAGGAAGCAUCGUGGUGGAUAAAGGCCAGGUGUCUGCACCUGAAGAAUGUCGCAGUUUCAUGUCUGGUCGCCCCUCACAGACUCCAGAACAUGAUGAACAAAUGCAGGGAGGCAAUCUGGGAAGGAAAGAUUUCUGGCGCAAGAUGUUCAAAUCCCAGAGUGCAGCAAGUGACACCAGUAGCCAAUCUGAGCAGGACACCUCGGAAUGUACCACAGCCCACUCAGGGAACACCUCUGACCGCCGUUCACGCUCACGAUCCCGCAGAAUUUCCCUGCGAAAGAAGCUUAAACUCCCCAUAGGUAAAAGAAACUGGCUGAAACGCUCGUCCCUCUCGGGCCUGGCAGAUGGUGUAGAAGACCUCCUGGACAUCAGCUCUGUGGAUCGCCUGUCUUUCAUCAGGCAGAGCUCUAAGGUCAAGUUUACCAGUGCUGUCAAGCUUUCUGAAGGUGGGCCAGGGAGUGGAAUGGAAAACGGGAGAGAGGAGGAGGAGAAUUUCUUCAAGCGUCUUGGUUGCCACAGUUUCGAUGACCACCUUCCUCCCAGCCAAGAUGGCGGAAAGAGCAAAAAUGUGGUGAAUCUUGGAGCAAUUCGACAAGGCAUGAAACGCUUUCAAUUUCUGUUAAACUGCUGUGAGCCAGGGACAAUUCCUGACGCAUCCAUCUUGGCUGCUGCCUUGGACCUAGAAGCUCCUGUGGUAGCCAGAGCAGCCUUGUUCCUGGAAUGUGCCCGUUUUGUUCACCGCUGCAAUCGUGGCAACUGGCCAGAGUGGAUGAAAGGGCACCAUGUGAACAUCACCAAGAAAGGCCUUUCCCGGGGCCGGUCUCCCAUCGUGGGCAACAAGCGGAACCAGAAACUCCAGUGGAACGCUGCCAAGCUCUUCUACCAAUGGGGAGAUGCAAUUGGCAUCCGAUUGAAUGAGCUGUGCCAUGGAGAGAGCGAGAGCCCUGCCAACUUGCUGGGCCUCAUUUAUGAUGAGGAGACCAAGAGGAGGCUGAGAAAGGAAGAUGAGGAGGAAGACUUUUUAGAUGACAGUACAGUGAACCCCUCUAAAUGUGGCUGUCCCUUUGCCCUGAAGAUGGCAGCAUGCCAGCUUCUUCUGGAGAUUACCACCUUCCUGAGGGAGACUUUUUCUUGCCUGCCCAGACCUCGCACUGAGCCCCUAGUGGACCUGGAGAGCUGCAGGCUUCGUCUAGAUCCUGAGUUGGACCGGCACAGAUACGAGAGAAAAAUCAGCUUUGCUGGGGUUCUGGAUGAAAAUGAAGACUCAAAAGAUUCUCUCCACAGCAGCAGCCACACCCUCAAAUCAGAUGCAGGUGCUGAAGAGAAGAAAGUUCCCAGCAGGAAGAUCAGGAUAGGAGGUUCUCGCCUGCUCCAGAUUAAAGGAACCCGCAGUUUCCAGGUGAAGAAGGGGGGUUCCUUGUCCAGCAUUCGCCGGGUCGGCAGCUUAAAGAGCAGCAAGUUAUCACGGCAGGACUCAGAGUCUGAGGCUGAGGAGCUGCAGCUGUCCCAGAGCAGGGACACUGUCACUGACCUAGAAGGGAGUCCUUGGAGUACAAGUGAGCCCAGCAUUGAGCCAGAAGGAAUGAGCAAUGCCGGCACAGAGGAAAAUUACCACAGGAACAUGUCAUGGCUUCACGUCAUGAUCUUGCUAUGCAAUCAACAAAGUUUCAUCUGCACACAUGUGGACUACUGCCAUCCACACUGCUACCUGCACCACAGCCGCUCCUGUGCCCGGCUGGUCAGGGCCAUUAAGCUGCUCUAUGGGGAUAGUGUGGACUCCCUACGUGAGAGCAACAAUAUCAGCAAUGUGGCUCUGAGGGGCAAGAAACAGAAAGAGUGCUCAGAUAAGUCAUGCCUGAGGACGCCAUCUCUGAAGAAGAGAGUUUCUGAUGCCAACCUAGAAGGGAAAAAGGAUUCUGGAAUGCUGAAGUACAUCAGGCUUCAGGUGAUGAGCUUGUCACCUGCUCCCUUGUCCCUGUUAAUCAAGGCAGCACCGAUUCUGACAGAGGAGAUGUAUGGAGACAUCCAGCCUGCAGCGUGGGAGCUCCUGCUUAGCAUGGAUGAGCACAUGGCAGGGGCAGCAGCGGCCAUGUUCCUGUUGUGUGCAGUGAAGGUUCCUGAAGCUGUGUCGGACAUGCUGAUGUCAGAGUUCCACCAUGCAGAGACUGUGCAGAGACUGAAUGCUGUCCUCAAGUUUCACACACUCUGGAGGUUUCGCUAUCAGGUCUGGCCCCGGAUGGAGGAGGGAGCACAGCAGAUUUUUAAGAUCCCGCCUCCCAGUAUAAACUUCACCCUGCCCUCACCAGUGCUUGGAAUGCCAUCUGUCCCAAUGUUUGACCCUCCAUGGGUCCCUCAGUGCAGCGGGAGUGUCCAGGACCCCAUUAAUGAAGACCAGUCUAAAUCCUUUUCUGCCAGGGCUGUGUCUCGCUCCCACCAAAGGGCAGAGCACAUUUUAAAGAACUUGCAGCAGGAGGAAGAGAAGAAACGUCUUGGCCGAGAAGCCAGCCUCAUCACCGCCAUCCCCAUCACCCAGGAGGCUUGCUAUGAGCCUACCUGCACACCCAACUCGGAGCCUGAAGAAGAAGUAGAAGAAGUUACCAAUCUGGCAUCCCGCCGGCUGUCUGUGAGCCCUUCCUGCACCUCCAGCACAUCCCACAGGAAUUACUCCUUCCGCCGAGGGUCAGUCUGGUCAGUGCGCUCAGCAGUCAGUGCUGAAGAUGAGGAGCACACCACCGAACACACGCCAAACCACCACGUGCCUCAACCUCCACAAGCAGUAUUCCCAGCAUGCAUCUGUGCAGCAGUCCUUCCCAUCGUUCACCUAAUGGAGGAUGGUGAGGUGCGGGAAGAUGGAGUAGCAGUGAGUGCUGUGGCCCAGCAAGUCUUGUGGAAUUGUCUAAUUGAAGAUCCAUCAACAGUUCUUAGACAUUUUCUGGAAAAACUCACCAUCAGCAAUAGACAAGAUGAGUUAAUGUACAUGCUGCGCAAACUUCUUUUAAAUAUUGGAGACUUUCCAGCUCAGACAUCACACAUCCUAUUCAACUACUUGGUAGGACUAAUCAUGUAUUUUGUAAGGACCCCGUGUGAGUGGGGGAUGGAUGCCAUCUCUGCCACUCUGACCUUCCUGUGGGAGGUGGUCGGGUAUGUGGAGGGCCUCUUCUUCAAGGACCUCAAGCAGACAAUGAAGAAGGAGCAAUGCGAAGUCAAACUCCUGGUCACUGCUUCCAUGCCAGGCACCAAAACCUUGGUAGUUCACGGACAGAAUGAGUGUGAUAUCCCAACCCAGUUACCAGUCCACGAAGACACUCAAUUUGAAGCCCUGCUGAAGGAGUGUCUCGAGUUUUUCAACGUCCCAGAAUCCCAGUCAACACAUUAUUUCCUCAUGGAUAAACGAUGGAACCUUAUCCACUACAAUAAGACCUAUGUUCGAGAUAUUUAUCCCUUCCGGAGGUCUGUAUCCCCACAGCUGAACCUUGUACAUAUGCAUCCGGAGAAGGGACAGGAGCUCAUUCAGAAACAGGUGUUCACCCGGAAGCUGGAGGAAGUUGGGCGGGUAUUGUUUCUCAUCUCCCUAACCCAGAAGAUCCCCACAGCCCACAAGCAGUCCCAUGUCUCUAUGCUUCAGGAAGACCUGCUCCGGCUGCCUUCCUUCCCGAGAAGUGCCAUAGAUGCUGAGUUUUCACUCUUCAGUGAUCCUCAAGCUGGGAAGGAACUGUUUGGCCUUGACACCCUUCAGAAAAGCUUGUGGAUCCAGCUCCUGGAGGAGAUGUUCCUAGGCAUGCCGAGCGAGUUUCCCUGGGGAGAUGAAAUCAUGCUUUUUCUCAACGUGUUUAACGGGGCCCUGAUCCUCCAUCCAGAAGACAGUGCCCUGCUUAGGCAGUAUGCAGCCACUGUCAUCAACACGGCUGUGCACUUCAAUCAUCUCUUCUCUCUCAGUGGCUACCAGUGGAUUCUUCCCACCAUGCUGCAGGUGUACUCUGACUAUGAAAGCAAUCCCCAGUUGCGUCGGGCCAUCGAAUUUGCCUGCCACCAGUUUUACAUUCUACACCGGAAACCUUUUGUGCUCCAGCUGUUCGCUAGCGUGGCCCCUCUCCUGGAGUUUCCAGAUGCUGCCAAUAAUGGACCCAGGAAAGGUGUAUCAGCUCAGUGUCUGUUUGACUUGCUACAGUCCCUGGAGGGAGAGACCACUGACAUAUUAGACAUCCUAGAGCUGGUCAAAGCUGAGAAGCCUCUCAAGUCACUAGAUUUCUGCUAUGGAAAUGAAGAUUUAACAUUCUCCAUAAGUGAAGCCAUCAAGCUUUGUGUCACUGUGGUGGCGUAUGCUCCUGAGUCAUUCAGAAGCCUUCAGAUGCUGAUGGUCUUGGAGGCUUUAGUUCCAUGCUACCUGCAAAAGAUGAAGAGGCAGACGUCACAGGUAGAGACAGCACCUGCUGCUCGUGAAGAAAUUGCUGCCACAGCUGCUCUGGCCACAUCCCUACAAGCUCUUUUGUACAGUGUGGAGGUCCUUACCAGGCCCAUGACAGCCCCACAGAUGAGCAGGUGCGAUCAAGGUCACAAGGGUACAACCACAGCCAAUCACACCAUGUCAUCUGGAGUGAACACCAGGUACCAGGAGCAAGGAGCAAAACUGCACUUUAUCAGGGAAAACCUUCACUUACUGGAGGAAGGUCAAGGCCUUCCCAGAGAGGAACUAGAUGAACGAAUUGCUCGAGAAGAGUUCAGAAGACCCCGGGAAUCUCUGUUGAACAUUUGCACAGAAUUCUAUAAGCACUGUGGACCAAGGCUGAAGAUCUUGCAAAACUUGGCUGGGGAGCCACGGGUCACCGCCCUGGAGCUGCUGGAUGUGAAGUCCCACAUGAGGCUGGCAGAAAUCGCACACUCCCUUCUGAAGCUGGCACCAUACGACACCCAGACAAUGGAAAGCCGAGGGCUUCGGCGCUACAUCAUGGAGAUGCUGCCCAUUACCGACUGGUCAGCAGAGGCAGUGAGGCCAGCCCUUAUCCUCAUUCUCAAGAGACUGGAUAGAAUGUUCAACAAAAUUCAUAAGAUGCCUACCUUGAGGCGACAGGUUGAGUGGGAGCCUGCCAGCAGUUUGAUUGAAGGGGUUUGUUUGACACUUCAGAGGCAGCCAAUCAUAUCCUUCCUGCCUCACCUUAGGUCACUGAUCAAUGUCUGUGUCAAUCUGGUGAUGGGAGUGGUAGGACCUUCCAGUGUUGCUGAUGGAUUACCCCUUCUUCAUCUCAGCCCUUAUCUCUCACCACCUCUGCCCUUCAGCACAGCUGUUGUCCGGCUUGUAGCAUUGCAGAUACAGGCUUUAAAAGAAGAUUUCCCUUUAAGCCAUGUGAUCUCCCCAUUCACCAAUCAAGAGCGAAGGGAGGGGAUGCUUUUAAAUCUGCUCAUCCCAUUUGUGCUCACAGUAGGAUCUGGAAGCAAAGACAGCCCAUGGCUGGAACAGCCUGAGGUACAGCUACUGCUGCAGACAGUCAUUAACGUGCUUCUGCCCCCUCGGAUCAUCAGCACAUCCAGGAGCAAGAACUUCAUGCUGGAGAGCUCCCCUGCCCACUGCUCCACCCCUGGGGAUGCAGGGAAAGACCUGCGCAGGGAAGGGCUAGCUGAGUCCACCAGCCAGGCUGCCUACUUGGCCCUGAAGGUGAUUCUCGUCUGCUUUGAGAGGCAGCUGGGAAGUCAAUGGUACUGGCUGAGCCUGCAAGUCAAGGAGAUGGCUCUGCGGAAGGUGGGCGGCCUGGCCCUGUGGGACUUCCUGGACUUUAUCGUGCGCACUAGGAUACCCAUCUUCGUGCUCUUGCGCCCCUUCAUCCAGUGCAAGCUUCUGGCCCAGCCAGCAGAGAAUCAUGAAGAACUUUCUGCCCGACAACAUAUUGCUGACCAACUAGAACGGCGCUUCAUACCUCGCCCUUUGUGUAAGAGCUCGCUCAUUGCUGAGUUCAACAAUGAACUGAAAAUUCUGAAGGAAGCAGUUCACAGUGGAUCAGCUUACCAAGGGAAGACAUCCAUCAGCACUGUGGGCACAUCCACCUCUGCUUACCGCCUAAGCCUGGCCACCAUGUCUCGCUCCAACACAGGCACGGGCACUGUCUGGGAACAAGACAGCGAGCCAUCCCAACAGGCUUCACAAGACACCCUCAGUCGGACUGAUGAGGAAGAUGAGGAAAAUGACUCUAUAAGCAUGCCCAGUGUGGUAAGUGAACAGGAAGCUUACCUUCUGAGCGCCAUUGGAAGGAGGCGGUUCUCCAGCCAUGUCUCCAGCAUGUCUGCACCUCAGGCUGAGGUGGGCAUGUUACCCAGUCAAAGUGAACCUAAUGUCCUCGAUGACUCCCAGGGCCUGGCCGCUGAGGGCAGCCUCUCUAGGGUGGCAAGUGUGCAGAGUGAACCUGGCCAGCAGAAUCUCCUCCUGCAGCAGCCACUGGGGAGGAAGAGGGGCUUGAGGCAGCUAAGACGACCUCUGCUGUCAAGGCAGAAGACUCAAACCGAACCUAGAAACCGCCAUGGUGCUCGACUGUCCACUACUCGGAGAAGCAUUCAACCUAAAACAAAGCCAUCUGCUGAUCAGAAACGAUCUGUGACCUUCAUUGAGGCUCAGCCAGAGUCAACAGCUGCCCCAAUAGACAUACUUCCUGCCCCAAGCCAACCACAGGGCUGCAGCCCAGGCCUGCCUAGGAAGCCAGAAGGAAUAGACAAACCCGUGCUCACAUCUUCUCCUGCCAUCAUUGUUGCUGAUCUGCACAGCCUGUCUCCCAAGCAGAGUGAGCCCCUCCUUGCUGAAGAAGGAGAAAAAAAGGAGGGUACAGAAGCACAAGGUGCCACAGCACAUAGCCCCCUCUCUACUCAACUCUCUGACCAUGAUGACUUCACUGGCCUUGAGACAUCCAGCCUCCUGCAGCAUGGAGACACUGUCCUUCAUAUCAGUGAGGAAAAUGGCAUGGAGAACCCCCUGCUGUCCGGCCAGUUCACUCUCACUCCUGCUGAGCUGGGGGAAACAGACACAGCACUGGAUGAGUCCCAUGUUUAGUUCUGUAUCUCAUGAGCACUUCAUGUAGAGAAGACUUGAGAAGAAUCACUCUGCGCAGAGUAGAGUUGAGUACUUUUGAGAUACAAGAUGAAUUAUAAAACAGCACUUUAUAGCCAGUGGGUGGCAUCAGUCUGAGUAGAUUUUGCUGCCAAAAUGCCUAACAUUUCAUAAACAUCUUAAAGAUCAAUGGCUAAAAAUAUUUAGUUGUGUGAAGACCAUAAAAACCAGGGAAGAAUAAGGGGAAAGAGCCAUUGCACAUUGCUCAUAGCUCACCUUGAGCUUAAAAAUAUUUACUAUUUCAGUGCUGCUUUCACAGGAAUACUAACAAUAUGUUCUUUAAAAAAAUGCAAUUUUUGGAAGGACAUCACGUUAUGCAUCUCAUAAAGUGUUUAUUUUUAUAGUUUCAAAAAUACUACAUUAUGUGGCUGUACACAUAACAAUUUACAUAAAAACAACCAGUGAGAAAAAUAUUAGAUCGGAAAGACUAAGUAAUAAGGCUACAGCCAUUUUUUUGUUUUGGUCAAUAAUCAGCCAGUUAGUCAAAGAAAAAACCAUGUUUAGAGCUGUGGACUUUUCAAAAUUUAUUUUCCAACUGUUAUUUUUCACUACAUGCUGUAAAUUAAAAUGCUAAUGCCACAGACCACUCCAUUUCAUAUCAAUCAUAUUAGAAAGAGAAUAGGAUAGAAUUAUCAGACACAAAUCUGAAUUAAUAACAUAAACAGCUAUACAGUUAGGGAAACUAAAUGUAGAUAUUAUAUCUUGAAAGAGAGAAUAUUCCUGUUCCUAGCCCUGACUACAUUAAUGCCAAGAUCAGUAUUUAUUGGGAAAUACCUUCCUUUACAAUGUUCUGUGCCUGCCCUUAAGGGCAUAUUUUCAUAGCUGAGAGUUAAAUUGUUAGAAUUAGACCAGAAAAAUAAAUUUUCUUGAUACUCAAAUAUUCUUAUGAUCCUUAGGUGAUCUAAGUUUAUGAGGAAAAAUACAAAGUAACCAGUUUCUUCAUAGACACAAAAAAACUCGUUUAUUUUACAAAUAGGGCUUUAACGUGAAGUGCAGUUACUUCAAAACAAAACUUUAGAAGGCUCGUGAGGCCAGUACUUAAUGGAUUAUCAAAGGGCUGGGCAUCAUACAGUUCAUAAAUGGUUUUCAAAAUCUUAGCACUUUACAUUAAAGAAGUGUUAUGUAACUAUUAAGCAUUGAAAAAAACUCAUACACAUACCUAAAUUAGCAUGGUAGUGUGUGUGUUUUAGUCUUCAAAUAGAAGUUAAACAGAGAUUUUUACUAUGUUGAGAUGAAUUUAAAAUAUAUUCUGUAUGCUUAACUGUUGACUAUACUGGCUGUGAAAUGUACAUGUAUAUAAAGAGGAGACCUACAAACCCAAACAAUCACAACAAUGAUUUUAUGUUAGAAUUGUUUAUUAAAUAAGCACAGCUUAUAUUGUGACUUAUAAUUGCAAAUAAAAUUUAGGGUGAGGUCCCAUUCAUCAAAAGAAUGAAGGCAACUGGUAGUUAAUGAUACCAGAAUAAAAUAUAAAAUCCCUCAAUUCAGAAAACCAAGGAGAUAUAACUUCUUGGCCUUUUGGCUAAGAUCAAGUACAAAAAAUCAAGGAGAUAAAUGAACCUGUUUUCUGUUUUAUAACAUUUUCACAUCAUUUAUAUUUAAUGGUGAAUUAGUUCUUAAGUGCAGAAGUAGACAUGUAAAGUGGUUUUCUGAUUCUAAGCUGAUAUAUUAUGCCUGUUAAAAAACUAUGCUGCUCAAAUAGCAUUAGAGGCCUUAUGUUUGCUAAUUACAAGUGUCUGGGUUACAUGAGUCUCUCUAUAUGUAUGUGCUCUGUUCCAGUUUCUUGAUUCUUGAUUCAAAUUCUCUAUAAAUGUGUCAAAUAUUUUAAAAUUAUAGGGGUCAGUGAAGAUUGUUACAGCCUCAACAAUAAUCCUAAAUACAUUAAUAUAUAUUUUAAAUGUGUUGGGCUGUUUGGGGAAAUGAUUUUACUCAUUUGUUUGCCUUUUAACCCAACUCCUUCACUCUUGUGUAUGGAAGUCUGUUGGACACUUUUUCAAUAAGCUAAGUAAUGUUGUACCUUGCAAAAAAGAGUCCACUCUGUGAAACAGGGAUUUAAAGAGUGGAGAUGUGUUAUAUUGGGACUACUGAGAUUCUGCAGAUGUGUCCUAAAAUGUGUUGAAUGUAAUGUGUUGAAUGUUUAUGUGUAGUUACUAGAGUAUUUAUAUGUAUGUGCAUAAGAUGUCACAAGAUGUAUUCUCAGGAAUACUUUAUCUGGAGUUUGAAGGAACAACAACAACAACAACAACAAAGCAGAUGGGGAAGAUAAGGAAAAAGUUCAAGAUAACUGACAAUCUUUUGUAAUAUUCACAAUAUGACAGAACUAAUUAUUAUAUUUGAUAAAUACAAUACUAUUAAUGACAGUUCAUUUCUUAAGCUGUGAUAAUGAUGUUUAUCUCAUUCAGAGGAAGGAUAAAACAAGGAACCCACUUCCCAAGCACAAAAAAUUUACACUCCAUAAAGAGAUUGCUCCUUCUGAAAGUAACUUUAGAGAGACCUUGGAUUAAAAAUGUAUUAUCCGUGAUACUACUCAGAUUAAAGCAGUUCAAAUCCUGGACACAGCAUUUUCUAUACAAACAUUUUGCAUUCAUUUUCAGUAUUCACUGCUUUCUAUAAUUCUAUUAGAUAAAUUACUUGGUUCUUCUGAAAGGGAAAGUGAGCUGCUUCAAGACACUAAGAACCAACUACAGUGUCAAAAUGUAUAAAUGGGCAUGUGG